AUGGAAAGCUGGGAAGAGUCACAAGAAUCCAUCAAAGCUGAAAUGAGUCAGUUGAAAGACCAGGUUGGACAAAUCUUGGUUGCUCUUGAAUCCCUGAAGGCUACUGGAGAGUCUUCAUCUACGCUGGUUGGCGGGAAUGCCCAUUUUUAUCCCCCAUUUUUCAAUGCUACGAGCCAAUCAAUUCCUUUCCCGUUGUAUGGAUUACCCUCAGGAUAUACUCCUCCCGUAGGAGAAUAUAUCGAAGGGGGGCAUGUGUCGUUUCCCAUCUCCACAGCUAUUGAUAUCCCACCAAUCACCACUCAUGGACCUACCUCUGUGUCAGCUCCCUUGGUAAGUACUCAAACGAAUGAACCGAUCACAGUUGAAGGAACAAGAAUGACUACGAUACCGCAUAUGAUUGUUAACCACGAUUCUUCAGCAAGAGCCGCAUCACAAACCGCGGCGCGUGCAGGAAUCGACAUCAGUAACGGUGCUAAAAACAGACUGGAGAUUCUGGAGGAAAAAAUGAGGGCUAUUGAAGGGAUGAAAAACUAUGGGUUCGGAAAUGUUGCAAGACUAAGUUUGGUUCCUGGAGUAAAAAUACCGUAUAAGUUCAAGGCGCCCGAAUUCGAGAAGUACAAGGGUGAUACAUGCCCUAAGAACCAUCUGGCCAUGUAUUGCAGAAAAAUGGCUGCGUACGCAUAUGACGACCAGUUACUCAUCCAUGUUUUCCAAGACAGUUUGGUUGGGGUAGCAUUAAACUGGUAUACCCACUUGGAGCCCUCUCGAAUCCAUUGUUGGGCAGAUCUAGCCGACGCCUUUGUAAAACGGUAUAUAUACAACACGCAUGUAGCACCGGACCGUCUACAAUUACAGAAUAUGGGAAAGAAAGACAAUGAAACCUUCAAGGAAUAUGCCCAACGGUGGAGAGAAUUGGCCACACAAGUGGAGCCACCUUUGUUUGAAAAAGAAAUGGUGGCAAUGUUCGUAAAUACGCUUCAGCCACCAUUUUAUGAAUAUAUGGUGGGGAAUGUGUCCGCCAAUUUCGCUGACGUCGUCAUAAUUGGCGAGAGGAUAGAGAUUGGGGUGAAGAGUGGGAAGAUUGCAGGCGGUCCAUCUACGAUGGAAAACUCUAAAAAGAAGCCUUCUUUCAAUCCAGGAAAGAAAAAAGAGGGAGAUGUGCAUGCAACAUUGGCAAUGCCUGUAUGGAGAGGUCAGGCUCCUAUUCACAAUUAUAAACCAUACCUGGGCCAGCCUCCAUAUUCAGCCAAUGCGGCUUUUGCUCAUCCAAUCAGGCCUCAACAACAACAAGGAUUCUACCAAUCACAACCCGUCACAAGUAAUGCUUGGAGGACUGGGCAAAGUGCAAAUCCAAAUCCGAAUGUAGGUCAAGGCGGUUAUCCGGAAAGAACCCAGGAAAGAAACUUUGUCCACUUCACCCCCAUCCCCAUGACUUACACUGAAUUAUUACCUCACCUCAUCAAAAGGGGUCUGGUUGCUAUAUGUCCAAUGAUACCCCUGCAGCCUCCAUACCCUAGGGGUUAUGAUGCGGAUGCCAAGUGUAGUUAUCAUGGGGAAGGCAUGGGUCACUCAACUGAGAGGUGUAUGGCCUUCAAACAUAAAGUGCAGGCCCUGAUUAACGCUGGGUGGCUAAAAUUCCAAGAAGAUAAACCUAGCAUUGAUACUAAUCCGUUAUCCGGACAUGGUAAUGCCUCGACAAAUGCCAUUGAAAUUAAGAAGCAUGAACUGAUAAGGGAUGCAAGUAAGAUCCGAAGUUCCAGAAGGUUUAUUUUCAAGAAAUUAUUAAAGUUGGGUUUUUUAAACGGGGAUUAUGAUUUGGAGAGAGCAUGUGGACUUCAUCCAUGCGCGGAGCACUCUAUCGAAGAAUGCGUUGAAUUCGAAAAGUUUCUACAAGAUCUGCUUGAUAGGAAUUUGAUGCAAGUGUGCUAUGAAGACAAGUACGAGGAGGUGUUUGCACAAACUGGUAUGGAGCCAGAUGUAACUUUGCCAGAGCCGUUGAUAAUCCGCUUCACUCGAACCACCCCUGCACCAGUAAUUCAAGGAAGAUCGCCCGUUGUCAUCCAUACACCAGUUCCUUUUCCUUACAAAAGUGAGAAAGCUGUCCCUUGGAGGUAUGAGACACAUGUAGUCGACGAAGGACAAUGCAUUGAAAGCCAUUUCUCUAGCCAGGAUCCAGUUGUUGAAAAUAUAUCAGGCAUCGGCGGAAUGACGAGGAGUGGUCGAAUCUUCACGCCACCAAAUUUGACGGGAAGAGGAGCUAGUAAUAAUGAAACACCAAUGGAUGCAAAUACUAAGGAGCAUUUAAAGGGGAAAGGGUGCAAGUAG